CGCUCCUAUCUUCUCAAAUCUUGUCCUCUCCGUCCUCAAAUCUUGUCCUCUCUCUCUCUCUCUUCCAUGGCCAUCGCUACGGAGACACAACACCAGGAGGAGAAGGAGGCUUCUUCAGAUGCUUCUGCAGCUGUACAAAAGAGAUGGAAUCUGAGUGAUUUUGACAUUGGAAAGGCUCUUGGAAGAGGCAAAUUUGGUCACGUUUAUCUCGCCCGAGAAAAGCGGAGCAAUCACAUUGUCGCUCUAAAGGUUCUUUUCAAGAAACAGCUUCAAGAAUCUCAAGUUGAGCACCAGCUUCGACGAGAAGUUGAGAUUCAGUCUCAUCUGAGACAUCCCAAUAUCCUCCGACUCUAUGGUUAUUUCUAUGAUCAGAAAAGAGUUUAUUUGAUACUUGAGUAUGCUGCUAGAGGUGAGCUUUACAAGGAGCUUCAGAAAUGCAAAUUCUUCAGCGAGAGACGAGCUGCGACUUAUGUUGCCUCAUUGGCGAGGGCUCUCAUCUAUUGCCAUGGCAAGCAUGUGAUACACAGAGAUAUCAAACCAGAAAAUCUGUUAAUCGGUGCUCAGGGUGAGCUCAAGAUUGCAGACUUUGGUUGGUCAGUGCACACAUUUAACCGGAGAAGGACCAUGUGUGGCACGCUUGAUUACCUUCCUCCUGAGAUGGUUGAAAGCGUGGAACAUGAUGCAAGUGUAGAUAUCUGGAGCCUAGGGAUUCUCUGUUACGAGUUUCUUUAUGGCGUCCCUCCUUUUGAAGCCGUGGAGCACUCAGACACAUACAGAAGGAUUGUGCAGGUGGACCUCAAGUUCCCUCCUACGCCAAUUGUAUCUCCAUCUGCAAAGGAUCUAAUCAGCCAGAUGCUUGUCAAGGACUCUGCACAACGUCUGCCACUGCACAAACUUCUCGAGCACCCAUGGAUUGUGCAGAACGCUGAUCCUUCUGGAAUCUACAGAGGGUGAAAACGAAACAGCUUUAUGCAUCUGUCUUCAGUUCUUGGCAGUCUCGAGCCAAAUUGUUGUUCAUUUUUAAUUCUGAUCAUUGUAAAAGUAAGACAAGUAGAACAAACAAAAAUUCUUCAUAACGCAUCCACAAUAUUAAUAAACCAUUUGUCAAACUUUUAUUUUGAAAUUAGUAUUUUUGACUUGGCAACUUUUGUAUGCACUGCACUUG